AUGCGACGCGGUCUUCGCCAAAGCAGCAUCACCGACCCGUUUCAAAUGGCUUUUAUGCUCUUGUCGCAGACACUGCGGCGAUUCUUGUCAGUAUGUUAUAGUCUCAAGGACUGGAUGGAGAUUACGUUGAUUUACCCUUUGUCACGCCUGAUCCACUGGCCCACUUGGCACGAUAUUGAGGCGGGACCUCAAUACGAUUACGAAGCAAGUGAAACUGGACAAGGAAAGGUUGAAACCAUUAGCAGAGAUGCUCAAGGACAAUUUAUCUCUGGUGGGCUAACUGGGAUUGUGGAACUCCUUGGUGAUGGUACCGUCCUUAAAUCGCCAUUCCCUGACGCUGAAAUGGAAAACCACAUCCUGGACAUUGCCAAAGAAGCCAGUAUUUAUCAUCGCGUUGGCCCACAUGAAAGGCUGGUACGGAUAUUGGGUCACUCCAGGGACGGCCUUAUUCUUGAGUACAUGAAAAACGGUGAUCUCAAAACAUAUAUUCAAACUCAAAGCUCGAUUCCGAUGAGCCUGAAGUUGAAGUGGGCAUACCAAAUUGCGGAAGCCGUCUCUCUCCUGCAUAGUAACGGCAUAAUCCACUGCGACAUCAAACCACGAAAUUUCCUCUUGGACGCGUCUCUCAAUAUCAAAAUUAUUGACUUCUCUGGCUCUUCGCUAGACGGAUCCAAACCGGCCUCUGGUGAGGGAACUCGAUUCUAUCUCCCGCGACAUUGGAGAGACCCACCUACCGUGGCUACGGAUCUGUUUGCACUCGGCUCGACUCUUUACGAGGUUUUUCAAGAAACCAGCCCCUACGAGGAGAUCCCUAGCGAUCAAGUGGAAGUACUUUUCAAGAGAAAGGAGUUCCCUAAUGUUUCUGCUAUUCCGUGCGGAAAAAUAAUCAAGCAGUGUUGGUUGUCCCAAGUUGAUUCAGCCGAACAUGUGCAGGCUUUCAUCCGAGAUACAAUUCGCAGCAAGCUCAACGCCGACUGUAGCCCUCAUCUCGAUGGUUUGGACAUUGGUCAGGACAAAAUGGAAAUCCACCAUACCAACGAGAAAAAAAGAUCAGAUCUUCAAACAACUGUCAUUGCCAGUCGCUUGGGCGACUUUGUUUGUGAACUCACCACAAUGAUCAAGACAUUGCAGUUCGGAAGGCUCCAGUUUACAAGCGAUGGAUACAAUGCCAUGGAAACUGCAAGCCGAGAUCUUGCAAAGCUUUCAAAACACAUGGCCGACGAAGUGAAGGCAUUGGGGAAGAGACGGACAUCUGCUGUUGUUGCAGAAGGACAAAAGUUGCUGUCCUGUGCGGAAUCUACCAAGGUAGAAUUAAUGACGAGCCAGAAACCCCGACGUCAGGUCGUCUUUAUUAGAAAUAUACAGCUGUUCUUUAACCCCCCCGAGGUAUCGAAACUAGACUCUCCGGCAGUCCAAAAACGAAAGCAGCUGACCCGCGAGCGCUGUGAAAGACUGAGAAGUCUUGCUCCGAACAAAAUGAUUUUGUGGGCAGCAGCAUUUGCUCCCAGCGUUUGGGAUUCCAAUGUACUUCAGAAAAGCACGUUCGAAUUUGUCGUUGAAUUCCUGGAGCCUGGGGAUUCACUACAGUGGCCCGCUCACAUCUACGAAAUUUUAGAUACAUUGGCUCUGGAGCAGCCUCUUUGCCACUCAACCAAUUUCAAAGAGUUCUUGACCGAUAUGCACCAGAGUGUUGGUAUGGACCAAAACAUCACUCAUUCGAGUUCUCACGGAGGGCAGACGCUGGAAUCAGAUGUUCCUGGCGUCGAUGAAGGAGCUCAGGAAGUCAUUGAGCGAGCUUUUCUUGUCCCACAUUCGAAGUUAGACAAACUCUUAAAGCUCCAUCCUCAAUCCGCAGCUCGUCAUAGCAUCAUUCUCACUAUUCCCAUCGCAGACCGAGUAGCAACAGUUCUUAUUUCCAUACCGCGUGAGGAUGCCAUCCGAUUUGGUUGGGAGUCAUCACUACCAGUGAUUUUCAACUCAAACCCUCAACAUGCUUUCGUCCAAUCAACAUCAGCUCGACCAACAUUGCCUCAAUUUGGUGAUUGA